GACGUCAUGAGUUUUCCUCAAAGUCAAAACAACCGUUGGCUUCGGUUAACGGUUGCUUUCGUAGCUUCUCGGAAAUCCGUUUGAUGUGUAGCUUUAUUAUUAUUAUUAUUUCUGCAACGGCUCGUGUUCACGUUGACAGCACACGUUUUGACUUAGCUAGUACUUUUAACGGUUUAGCUUAGCUUGCAGUUAGUCACUCAGAAAAGAGGGAGAAACAAUAACCCGAGCGGUUAAUGAAGAGCAGGUGCACCGGGAAAACCACAGCACCUGCAGCUACAGGCUGAGUCACUGCUGGUGAGGAGGAAGGUCUGGAGAGGGAACGAGAGAGGAGGAGGAGGAGGUGGUGGAGGAGGAGGGGGAGAAGAAGAAGAAGAAGGGAGGGAGGCAGGGAGAUAAGCCACAACAGGAAGCAAAGCGACACACACACCGCCUAUUUGUGUGCGUGUGUCUGAGAGGGAGACUGCGCGAUCGAGAGGGUGAACGGGAAAGGAAGGGAGGGAGAGUGACGCGGAGGCUGGGAGAGCCGGCCCCCCCUCCUCCUCUCCUCCUCUCCCUCUCUUUCUCUCCUCUCCUCCUCUCCUCCCCUCCUCCCUCUCUCUCUCUCUCUGUGGAGCAGGCGUGUAGCGGCAUCAGAUUCGGCUUGAAGGAACCAUGAGCGAUGUCACCAUCGUUAGAGAGGGAUGGCUCCAGAAACGGGGUGAAUACAUAAAGAACUGGCGGCCGCGUUACUUUCUGUUGAAGACUGACGGCUCCUUCAUCGGCUACAAAGAGAAACCUCAGGAUGCAGACCUGCCCUACCCCCUAAAUAACUUCUCUGUAGCAAAAUGUCAACUGAUGAAGACGGAGAGGCCGAAGCCAAACACCUUCAUCAUACGCUGCCUCCAGUGGACCACCGUCAUCGAGAGGACAUUCCACGUGGACUCGCCUGAUGAGAGAGAUGAGUGGACAGAGGCCAUCCAGAUGGUGGCUGACAAGCUGCAGAGACAAGAGGAGGAAAGGAUCCAGUGCAGCCCCACCUCCAACAUCGACAAUAUGGUCGAGGAAGAGAUGGACAUCUCCACCACACACCACAAACGCAAAGUAAUACAACAGACAAUGAGCGACUUUGACUACCUGAAGCUGCUUGGAAAGGGAACCUUCGGUAAAGUAAUUCUCGUCCGAGAAAAGGCCAGCGGAAAAUACUACGCCAUGAAAAUUCUUAAAAAAGAAGUCAUCAUAGCCAAGGAUGAAGUGGCUCACACACUCACAGAGAGCAGAGUACUGAAGAACACCAGACACCCCUUUCUCACUUCAUUGAAGUAUUCAUUCCAGACUAAAGACCGCCUCUGUUUCGUCAUGGAGUAUGUGAAUGGAGGAGAGCUGUUUUUCCAUUUGUCCAGAGAGCGGGUGUUCUCAGAGGAGCGCACACGCUUCUACGGUGCCGAGAUCGUCUCGGCUCUCGAUUACCUGCAUUCAGCCAAGAUUGUGUACCGGGACCUCAAGUUGGAAAAUCUGAUGCUGGAUAAAGACGGCCAUGUCAAAAUCACUGAUUUCGGCCUCUGCAAGGAGGGCAUCACAGACGCUGCUACCAUGAAGACUUUCUGUGGCACGCCCGAGUACCUUGCACCUGAGGUCCUGGAGGACAACGACUACGGUCGGGCGGUGGAUUGGUGGGGUUUGGGUGUGGUGACGUACGAGAUGAUGUGCGGCCGACUGCCCUUCUACAACCAGGACCACGAGAAGCUGUUUGAGCUCAUCCUCAUGGAGGACAUCAAGUUCCCCCGCACUCUGUCGUCAGACGCCAAGUCCCUGCUGUCGGGCCUGCUCAUCAAAGACCCCAACAAACGGCUCGGUGGAGGACCAGAUGACGCUAAAGAAAUAAUGAGACACAGUUUCUUCUCUGGGGUUGACUGGCAGCAUGUCUAUGAUAAAAAGAUGGUCCCUCCCUUCAAGCCUCAGGUGACGUCGGAGACGGACACCAGAUACUUUGACGAGGAGUUCACAGCCCAGACCAUCACAAUCACUCCACCAGAGAAAUUCGACGAGGACGGGAUGGACUGUCUGGACAACGAGAGAAGACCACACUUCCCGCAGUUCUCCUACUCUGCCAGCGGGCGGGAAUGAACUGUCCGCCACGGUGACAUCAUCCCAGCUGGUCUCUGAGGUCAACAGUGUGGGACAGAAAGACCCACAGCUUUGGACCGACCCAAAAAGACUUGAAGGAUUUUGCCCCUUUCCUCUUCCUCCUCAUCCUCUCUUUUUCACCUUUGCAGUCUGCUUCUCUAUUUAUUUAUUUUUAUUUUCUUUGUGAAUCCCUUUUUAGAGAGAACUUCCAGGCAAAAUUACUUUGUAAUCCUGCACUGCAACCCUAGGUGAUCCGAACUGUGAUGUGAUCAGUUACUGUGUAAUGUCCCUUUAAUGACAGGAGCAUCACCGGUGGCCUGCUGUGCUUUGACAUGUGUCGGUCCUGCCAAACUCUUAAACACGUCUGCUCGAGUAAGACAACAGCUGAUGCAUUUUUAUGAGACGUUUUAGUGGCUUCUUAUCUGUAAGAUGGAGAUAUAGCAUUUAAAGUCAUUCAAACCUAAACUGCCGUUACCGGUUGUAUCUCAGGCUUUUGCAAACAGACAGAUACUCUCAGACUCAGAGAGACAUUCGGGUCUGGUUUCAAAUCUGCACCUAAGAAGUUCUGGGGUUGAUUGAGGCUGCUUGGCAUUGAGGGAGCAGUUGUCAUCAGUGAGCAGAAUCCUACACAGCUCAUGUUGUCGAGCAGGAUUUGACUCAGGUUUUGCUCAGUACAAUUCAUUGUUGUUGCUGCUAUUUCAAAUACUACAGGUACUACUACUCCUACUAUACUGCUACUACUAAAACCCGGUGCUAAACUACUAGCUUAAUGCUGCAGAUCAUUACACAGGCGCCAGCAACUCAUCAACCACCUGUAUUAACGUCUAUGCUUGUACAGCUGCAGAACAGGUGUUGCUAUUACUGUUAAUGUAUUGCUAUUACACAUCAACUCUGUGGAUUAAGACGAUGAUAGGAUGUCAUGUUUGUGCGAGUGUGCGAGGUACUCUUAUGGGUUUGUGUUUAAGAACGCACUUCAAAGCACAGCAGUUCAGAAGGAUGAAGCUCCCAAACCAUGAGCUUUACUACGUUACCCACAAUGCAGUGCAAGGCGGUUAAUAUAUCCAUCACUGAGGAGAGGAAAAUGAGAGGAAAACAGUUGGUUUUGAAUGUUUUUAUUUAUUUAUUUCUCAACACGAGUCCCUCUGAGUGUAAUUCUCUUCUGUCCCAAAAGAGAAAACUAAAGCGAGACCGUACUUUGUGUCGAUGAUGAAGCUUUCCUGUGACACGUUGUCAUGGUUUUGGGAACCACACGGCUGUACCUCUCUGUCUUUUUGCAGAAAAGGGAAACUGCCGCAGGAACAGAUUCACCACAGAGUGAAAGAGAGUCCAGGACGGCAGGUUGGGCAUUGUUGAUAAGAAGAGAGAGAGAGAGUACAGGUGUGUGUUGGUGAAGGCUGAGACAGAGUUCAGAGAGAAAGAUGAAGUGGAAGUCGAGCAGAAAGAAAACAAGUGCAGCACAGAAUGUAAAGCGGUAAGGAAGGAAAAGAUUCAAUAUUGAACUGUAAGUGCUACUUUUUACUGUAAGUGUGUCGAGACAGAGUAGAGAGUGUUUGUAAGGUCGAUUAGUUCUUUUGAUUGUAGAUGAGAAAAAGCAUUUUACUUUAACGUGUCUUUAACGUGCGCUGUCACUUCUCCGGUCUGGACUUUGUUUGUUUGCGUCGUCACGUCUUCCAGUCUAACCAACCAGAUUUAAUAAUCCCCUCAAUUUCUGUCUUCAAACGCCAGUAAGCCUUAUGGUUUAUCUCAGAAUAAGUCAAAAACUUUAACAUCCAGCACUUCAGAGUAAAACACAGUCACCAUAUGUGAGGAAAUAUAUUUUUAAAAAACAAACAUCAUGUGGAAGACGUCACCUUCUGGACUUAAAGAGAGCACCAGGGGAUGUGCUCUUAUUAGGCGUAGAAAAUUGUAUUCCAAUAUUUCUUUGAAUGUUUUUAUCAUCACUGAUGGAUAACUUGAAUUUCUUUUCUAUUUAAUUUAUUUGGUGUCAUUUGUUUAGCAGUAAGGGGGUGUCGUCGUGUUUCACUCUGCAGUUUAAGUCUUCAGAGAUUUUGUUCUAAAAAUAAAUGCCUCCUUUUAUUUCUUCACAGAUAUCUCUUAUACGACAUAUUACCUGUUUUUCCACUGCUCCUAAGUCCAUAUGCUUUACACUUGCACAUCCAUUAAAUUGCUAUUAUCUGGCAAAGGCGCUUUAUGGCAGAAAGUAGAAAAGGAUGGCGCUGGCCUGCAUGCUGUAGUCCUCUGUCCGCAAUACCAGUCCUGAGUCAAAGUAGCACUCAGAACUCUUAUGAGAAAUACUUCUCUGUGAUCGAUUGAGCCUGUCUGGCACAGCUGAAGCAGCCGGAUAGUUCAAAAUGAGUACAAUUCCCACCCAGCUGGCACGCUCGACAGGCUCAAGCAAACGCUCCCCAAGUAUUUGGAAGGAUUUCAGCUUUGAUUUGACCCAGGUCUGCGAGCGACUGAGGAGUUCUAGCUGUAUGUGCACGCUUACCGCCAAAAACAUUAGAAACCAGAGUUCAUAAAAUACGGCUUUGUAGCUUUGGCCACAGCACUUUCACAUCCAUCACUUUUUAUAUGAGUCAGAGGAAUCUGAUUCAGCCCUGCUUUAAAGGAAGAUUUUUAGCUUUUUUAUGUUUUUAAGAAAAUGAGGACUUUUAAAGCACAUCUCCCCCCCCCGCCCCCCCCUCCCCUCCCUCCACAUACAGCUGAUGGCUUUGGUGUUGCUCUGAUGUCUCUUGGUGAUUGUGUCCAACAUGCCAGAGACAAACAGUGCUGCCACUGCAGAAUCCCGCCCAGUGAAGAUGUUUAGUAAAUUGGUCAGUCUUCAUAAACUUAAAAUCCUUCUCCUCUUCUGUUUGGAAAAGUUUUCCCUCCGUUGAGCCUCCAACUCUCCUUCUUUAAUUCUCUUCAUGUACAAGUUCAUUUACUGGCAGCAACAAGCCGGACGCUGGUUCUAAGGUCAGAGAUCAUUAAAAAACAAAAACAAAGUGGAGAAGGUGGAGUACUCCUCUUCAUCAAUGUGGGUUUUCCCUUAAAGACUAUGAAUCAGUUGUGGGCACAUGUCAGUCAUUUCUUUAACUGGAUGCUUUAAGCCUCCUCACAGCUUUACUGGUGUGAAUCGACGGUAUGUGAGAUAUCUGACGCUGCGAUGACGGUGUUCACUCUUAAAGCUGCUGCUGUUUGUACUGUGUGUCUGUCACACAACAGAUCUGACUCCAAUAGUAUUUGGAUAAGUGGCCCUGACACACCAAGCCGACAUAAAGGUACUAGUGGCUGUGUCGCCUUUCACACACUGACUACAGCCAACAAGCACGUACUACUGCGCCUGCGUGAGGCAGUAACUCUCCACGCCAGCAGGCGGCGGUGGUCUGUAUUCGUCAUUCAGACCUCGGACUGCGUAUAUACGAACAAGAAAUAGCGUUUCCUUCCAUUUUCAUCAUUCUGACCAGUUGGUCUUCAAUUGUUUCAUUCCAGAUGGCCAUGAUGUUGUAAAAAAUCUUGUAUUCAGAUAAGAUGAAGAUGAAAAAUAAACGCCUGUGUGUGCCCUCUUGACUUCAGUCGUUUGUUUGCUUACCUCACUUCCUCUUCUCGUUCACUGAUUCGCUAAAGCUGAACAGCCAAUCAGUGAUUUAUUUUGCAGCCAGCGCAGGAUACACCUCACCGACAGCCAGACAUUAACCGACAGCCGACAUCGGCUUGGUGUGUCACGGCCUGAACAUGUAAAAUCCUCUGAAAGAGCUCAGCUGCUCUGCAUUGAUCUCACGCGUUGUUAAUGAACCGACAGCGUCAGCCAGAAAUCACCAACUGCACUCAGCCCGGCGUUUAAUGCAGACACUAAAUAACUGGCUCCCGUGUUUGGAAGGAUUUCUGAAAGUAUGACCUCAGGUCUGCAACAGAACUCCUGCCCUCUCUUCUUCCUCUGGUCCUCGUCUACAAUCAUCAUGAUUAUUAACAUGAACAAAGCAUGAGAUGCUUUUCUUUAUAAACGGCAAACAUGUACAAAUAUUACAAAGUGUAACCGAGUUUUAAGUUCAUGUCCAUCUACUGUAGCUUUACAGCCGAGUGAGACAGUGGGCCGUGUGUCCCUGAAGCUCUGAAAUACAGGAGCGUGCUCCCCGACGUGUCGGGGGAGCAGAGGUGAAACAGGAAACUCAGCAGAUCGAUCAAACAGCCUUUUUGUGUCCCUCAUGCUGUCAGGAUGCAGUGCUGCUGGGCGGUGAAGCCACCAGGAUGUGAAAACAACCAAUAACCAUCAACAUGACGCUGUUUUUUACACUGUACAUCCGUAGUAUUUUUACACAAUGUAUAUGAUAGGGAUGCACAUUAUUUUCCUUCUUACAGACGGCUUCAAUAAAGCACUAUGUCAAUCUGC